GCGACAAUGAAUGACGUUUCAUUAGAGGAGGAGUUCCUGUUAAUCCAAACACAGACGAGAGCAAUAUUCACGGGUAGUUAUCGAUACCUGGACUAUUAUACAGCGCUGACUCUACCGGGAUGGCGGCUCAGAAGAUAAACGAAGCCCACGAACACAUAGCAAAAGCUGAAAAAUGCUUAAAGACGAGUCUGACCAAGUGGAAACCUGACUUUGACAGUGCGGCAUCAGAGUACGCCAAAGCAGCUGUUUGCUUCAAGAACGCAAAGCAAUAUGAGCAAGCUAAGGAUGCUUACCUGAAGGAGGCGGAGUACCACACGGAAAACAAGACACUCUUUCAUGCUGCAAAGGCUAUUGAGCAGGCCGGGAUGAUGAUGAAGGAGCAAAAGAAAAUGCCAGAGGCCAUUCAGUACAUAGAGAAAGCCUGUAUGAUGUACAUGGAGAAUGGGACCCCCGACACUGCUGCCAUGGCCUUGGACCGGGCUGGAAAACUCAUAGAGCCCUUAAAUCUGGAGAAAGCUGUUGAUCUGUACCAGAAGGCAGCAGGUGUGUUUGAGAAUGAAGACCGUCUUCGUCAGGCAGUGGAGCUGCUGGGCAAAGCCUCCAGACUCCUGGUCAGGUUAAAAAGGCUGGAUGAAGCUGCAGUCGCCCUGCAGAAAGAGAAGAACAUGUACAAAGAGAUCGAGAACUUUCCCAUGUGUUUUAAGAAAACCACCGCUCAGGUGUUGGUCCAUCUUCACCGAGGCGACUUCGUGGCAGCGGAUAAAUGCGUGCGGGAAAGUUACAGUCUGCCGGGCUACAGCGGUAGUGAAGACUGCGUUGCCAUGGAGUCGCUGUUGCAGGGAUACGAUGAGCAGGAUGAGGAUCAGGUCUAUCGAGUCUGCAACUCUCCUUUACUGAAGUACAUGGACAAUGAUUAUGCCAAACUGGCCAUUUCACUGAGGGUCCCCGGAGGAGGAGGAAAGAAGAAGAAGGCCGCGGCUUCACAAGGGGGCACUGGCGGGGCGCCUGCAGCUGCAAAGGAUGAGGAGGAGGACGAGUACGAAGGCGGGUUGUGUUAACCUCAACCCAUACUGUCCAUCACCACUUGAACAUCGUCUGUGUUUUAAACCCUUUCAGCCCAAAACAGCGGCCUGUUGCAUCUUUAACAAGCUAAAAAAACAAGGGAAUAAUAAAAACCCAACGGUUUAAACAAGUGUUGCAGAAGAAUGAAUAUUAAGCCUUUAAGUUUGUGUUCAUUGAUCUGCCUGGUGUGUGAACAUGUUCUGUUAUGUGUCGUCUCAGUGGAGCUGUACAUUUAGCUGUUAUUGUUUGUGGGUAGAUUUCUAAACAUCAGUUCCAAUCAUAAAUACUCUUAACUGCGAUUGGACCAGCGAGCUGGACUUUUAUUUGUACAGAGAUAAUUUAUUCAGUAUUCACUGCUGCUGGGAAUGAUACCGACUCUAUAUGCAAUCGGACUGGUAAUAAUGCAUGUUUGAAACAAAAAAAAUUAUCAUGAAACAUCCAAAGUAACUAUUAAUAAUCUAGAACAACCCUGUUGUCUUUAGCUUCAGUGACUGGAAAAUCAAUCAGAUUUGAUCCAAAUGUUCCCCAAGUUUGAUCUUCUACUUCACAGCAUAUGUUACCCUAAAAUAAAGAUGUAUAGAUCAGCGUAUAUCGCCUUUUUUUUUUUAAAUGUUUAAAUAAGAGCAAGUUGUAUUGAGAACAAUCAAAGGGACCAUAGAUUGAUUUUUGUGUCAAUGAGUUGUCUGUUUAGAAAUAUUCUACUAGGCCUAUUAAGAUGAUAAAGUGGUUGUUUACAUUUUUUUCAUUUAUCCUUUUUCUCUCUAACCCAAAUUCCCAAGUGUUGCAACUUCUAAAUAAACAGGUUUCAUGGCCCUCGAUGCUUUCCAUUUGUCUCUCCUCCAUGUUCCUGCUCUGACUGGAACAUAUUCUAAGUCUUCACAAAUUUGAACCUCAACAUCAGCCAGAAUGGCCUCAAACAAAUCUGAAAUGACUUUGCACCUUC